ACGCAACUACUUCCGUUUCCACGCUCCCUCCGUUGAAAUUCCCUCUCUCUCUCUCCUCUGCUAGCUGCAAGCAAUCGUCGUCUUCUCCACUUCGACGCUGCUGAUGCUCUGAGCUCUGCUGCUGCUGCUGCUGCUGCUGCACCGAUGGCGGCGGCGACGGCGGUUGUUCCGGUGGCUCUCGCGGCGGCGGUCGUCGUCCUCCUCCUGUCCUCCCUGGCCCUCUCCCCCGCCGCGGCGGAGGUCUCCACCCACGUGGCCUACAACACGAGCGCCGGGAUCGCCCCCGGCAAGCUCAACGUCCACCUGGUCCCCCACUCCCACGACGACGUCGGCUGGCUGAAGACCGUCGACCAGUACUUCGUCGGCGCCAACAACUCCAUCCGGGGGGCGUGCGUGCAGAACGUGCUGGACUCGGUGAUAUCGGCGCUGCUGGAUGAUAAGAAUCGCAAGUUCAUUUAUGUCGAGAUGGCUUUUUUCCAAAGAUGGUGGAGACAGCAGAGCGAGGCAAUGAGGAUUAAAGUGAAGGAGCUUGUCGACUCGGGUCGAUUGGAGUUCAUAAAUGGCGGGAUGUGUAUGCAUGAUGAGGCGAGCCCACAUUACAUUGACUUGAUUGAUCAGACGACUUUAGGCCAUUGGUAUAUCAAAAAGGAAUUCAAUCAGGUUCCUAGAGUGGGUUGGCAGAUUGAUCCUUUUGGACAUUCUGCUGUUCAAGCUUAUUUGCUUGGCGCAGAGUUAGGAUUUGACUCUCUCUUCUUUGCCCGCAUUGACUACCAAGAUAGAGCGAAGAGACUAAAGGAUAAAACUCUUGAAGUUAUAUGGCGAGGUUCCAAGUCCCUUGGAUCAUCUUCUCAGAUCUUCACUGGUGUAUUCCCUAGGCAUUAUGACCCUCCUGAUGGUUUUGUAUUUGAGAUAAAUGAUGUUUCCCCUCCUAUUCAGGAUGAUAUUUUCCUGUUUGAUUAUAAUGUCCAAGAGCGAGUUGAUGCCUUUGUAGCAGCUGCUUUGGCACAGGCCAACGUGACCCGAACCAACCAUAUAAUGUGGACCAUGGGUACAGAUUUCAGAUAUCAAUAUGCUGUGUCAUGGUUCAGGCAGAUAGACAAGUUCAUUCAUUAUGUCAAUAAGGAUGGGCGUGUUAAUGCUCUAUAUUCUACACCAUCCAUAUACACAGAUGCAAAAUAUGCAGCAAAUGAACAGUGGCCUCUCAAAACUGAUGAUUUUUUUCCGUAUGCAGAUCGUCCAAAUGCCUACUGGACAGGAUACUUUACAAGUAGGCCUGGAUUUAAAGGUUAUGUCAGGGUAUUGAGUGGUUAUUAUGUGGCUGCGAGGCAAUUGGAAUUCUUCAAAGGGAGGGCUAAUACAGGACCAAAUACUGAUGCUCUGGCCGAUGCCCUGGCAAUUGCUCAACAUCAUGAUGCUGUUAGUGGUACUCAAAGACAGCAUGUUGCUGCUGAUUAUGCAUUGAGAUUAUCAAUAGGCUACAUGGAGGCUGAGAAGAUGGUUACAUCUUCGCUUGCAUUCUUGGCCGAGCCAAGAGUGGGCGCAGGAGAGCAGAAGUCAACGUUGAGCUUUCAGCAGUGUCCUCUUCUUAACAUCAGUCACUGUCCUAUGUCAGAAGCUGCUUUGUCUGAUGGGAAAAGCUUGGUUGUUGUCAUAUACAAUCCUCUUGGGUGGCACAGAGAGGAGGUGGUACGAAUACCUGUUUCCACGGAAAAUGCUGUUGUUCAUGAUUCCAGUGGAGUAGAAGUUGAUUCUCAGCUGCUGCCUGUGUCCAAUGCCACUUCAAAAUUGAAAAGCUUCUAUGUGAAAGCAUAUUUGGGAACAUCCUCAAGUGAUUUAGUCAAGUAUUGGCUUGCAUUUCCAGUAUCUGUUCCUCCUCUUGGUUUCAGCACUUACACUGUUUCAAAUGCAAAGAAAAUAGAUCGUAGUUCGAUCAUGUCAACUGUAUACACCUCAGAAGAAAAUACUAAUGCUACGAUAGAAGUUGGUCAAGGGAGUUUAAAGCUGCUUUACUCCAUGAACGAAGGGGGACUUUCUCAUUAUGUCAAUAGUCGAACUCUGGUUACUGCAGCAGCUGAGCAAUCAUAUGGGUAUUACUCGGGAAAUGAUGGGACUGAUAAGGAUCCUCAGGCAUCAGGGGCCUAUGUCUUCCGCCCAAAUAUGACACACUCCUUAAAAUCGCAAGGCCAGGCUCCAUUGACCGUCAUACAAGGUCCAUUGGUGGAUGAAGUACACCGACAACUUAAUGAAUGGAUAUCUCAGGUUACCAGGGUUUACAAGGGAAAGGAACAUGCUGAAGUUGAGUUCACUAUUGGGCCUAUACCAACAGAUGAUGGGACUGGUAAAGAAAUCAUCACUCAAAUAAGGACUAAUAUGAAGACCAAUAAGACAUUUUACACGGAUUCUAAUGGACGUGACUUCAUCAAAAGGAUCCGUGACUUCAGGAGUGACUGGGAAUUGGAAGUGAACCAGCCAGUUGCUGGAAAUUAUUAUCCUAUAAAUUUGGGAAUGUAUGUGGAAGACGGUAGCAUGGAGCUUUCAGUGUUGGUGGAUCGAUCUGUGGGAGGAUCUAGUUUAGUCGAUGGUGAAAUUGAGUUGAUGCUCCAUAGGAGGCUUCUUCAUGAUGAUAUAAGAGGUGUUGGUGAGGUUCUAAAUGAAACAGUUUGCGUCCUUGAUAAAUGUGAAGGCUUGACUAUCCAAGGAAAGUUUUAUUUUAGAAUUGAUCCCAAAGGAGAAGGUGCAAGGUGGCGACGCACUGUUGGUCAGGAGAUAUACUCUCCACUUCUUUUAGCAUUCAGUGAGAAGGAUGUUGGUGAGCCACUGACUUCUCGCGUGACAACCUUUUCAGGAAUUGAUUCUUCCUAUAGUUUGCCAGGCAAUAUUGCCCUACUAACUCUCCAGGAACUUGAAAAUGGCAAAGUGUUAAUUAGGCUGGCUCACCUAUAUGAGGUUGGGGAGGACAAAGAAUAUUCGACCUUGGCAAGUGUAGAAUUGAGAGGGCUGUUCCCUAGCAGGAAGAUAAACAAAGUGACGGAGAUGAAUCUGUCUGCCAAUCAAGAAAGAGCGGACAUGGAGAAGAGGAGGUUAAUCUGGAAAGUCGAAGGUUCUACUGAUGAACCGGAGGUAAAGAGAGGAGGCCCUGUUGAUCCUGAAAAGCUGGUGGUCGAACUUGCCCCAAUGGAAAUCCGAACUUUCCUUCUGGACUUUGAUUAUCUUCGAGAGUUCCACUGAGGAACUUGUAAAGAGAGGAGGCCUAUCGAUCCUGAAGAGCUGGUGGUCGAACUCACUGCAAUGGAAAUUCGCACUUGUCUUCUCGACAUCGAUUAUCUUCAGGUCUCUGGUCCUUGAGGAGAAACAUAUUUCUCCUUUACAGUGCGUGCGGCAGUUUUUAAACCUUUCUUCUGUAUAAGCUAAUCUUGAGCUCCCUAUGCUCUUCUUUCUUUCAAUUUUCUACUAAUGACGAAGAGAGCUGCUGUACAUACAUCCGCUGAACAGAGGAAAAGUAAAUAGUAAAAUAUUUCUACCUUGUAUUAAGCAAUACACUUUUGCUCUAA